AUGGAAGAAAGAGAGGUGGUGCAGCGACCUCUGUGGACAACACGUUCAAAAUUCAAUGCACUCACCUUGUCUUUGGAGCAAUACAACAAUUUGGACAAAAUCAGUCUAGAUGAAGUAAUUGGUUCUUUGACCAUCCACGAGUUGUGGCUCAAGGAGUGAGAACCACAAGAAGAAGAGCAAGCAUUGCUAGCUAGAGCACUGAGCAAAGCCAAAUUCUCAAGUGAGGAGGAGUCCUCAUCUUGUUAAAGAGGUAGAUACUAUGGCUGCAGCAAAGGCAAAGGCCGUGGCCAUAGUUGACAUCUACCUCCUAACAACAAGAAAAAACAAUUCAAUAAAUCACAAAUUCAAUGUCACAAUUGCGAGAAGUAUGACACUUUGCUUAUAAGUGUCAAAGUGCAAAGAAGGAAAAGGAAGAACAUGCAUAUGUGUUUGAUUCUUUUGCAUUAACAACAGAAUCUUUGUUUCUGGUGGCAAUUGUAGACGAACACAAUAGCCUACUACUUUAGGGCUUCUAGAGGAUAUUCUCUAAUCCCAAUCUCUAGUAUCUUGAUAUUGGAGCAACAAAUUAAAUGUUUGGCCACCGAAAAUUUGUUUCCAAAAGAGGAGAUCAAUAAAAUAAUUGUAGUAGUAGAAGGAGCACAAUCAGAGAGAAAUAUUGAAGGCCCUAAUAAGCUCCAGAUGUUAGAUCAAGAAUAUAAAGAGGAAACAGGGAAUCUAGGAUGGAGGACUCAUAGUAUCUCUCUAUAGAUUUAGCAAAAGCAAGAGACCCCUAACAUAAGAAGGGGUUGACAGUUGAACAAGUAUGAGAAAUUGGACCCACUCCACUUUAUUAAAAGCUAGGACCUCAAUUCUCAUUAGGAAGUCGAACCAAGGACCUAUGGAAGUCAAGGCUCGUCCCUAGUUAAUAUUAGAUCAAACAAUAGGACACAAUAGCACAAACCUCUUUUUAUAUUGAUUCAAUAUAAUAGGGGAAAGAUUGUAUUACUCUCUAUCGAGACAACAAACACUUAACAAACACGCUUUCUUCUGUGCAUCUUUAUCGUGGGGGGAAUAGAACAAGAGAUAAAGACCCACCCAAGGCUCAAGGGUGAGCCAUACAAGAGUGAGUCGAAAGGAUUUUGUUUUCGUUCUUAGUUUGGUUCGGGCCCCUCUCAAUCUUUUUUGUAUAAGGGAAGGGGAAAGAACAAUUCCAAUCACUAACAAGCCUUAGCUUUCAUACUCUCGAUAAUUAAGAAGAGAAUCACUUUUUCCUUAACGUCUUCGAGGACUUGGAUGAAACUACAUCUGGAUUUGUCAAAUUUAACAAUAAUUCAAAGGUCCAUAUUGAAGGCAGAAGUAAUAUUUUGAUUAAUUAGAAAGAUGGUGGACUGCUUUGGCUUCCUAAUGUGCUAUUUGUCCCUCAAUUGGUGGCUAACAUCCUUAGUCUCAGUUGCUUGGAUGAGAAAGGCUGUUGUAUGAUGAUGUAUGGGGGUCAGUUGACUAUUUUUGACUGUGAUAGUUGUCUGUUCAUUGAAGUUCAGAGAUCUGAAGGUAGACUCUAUUUGCUGAAAUUAAAUGUGGUGGAUUAGUGUUUGCUUACUACUAACACAAUUAUGAGAAAUGGUUGUGACAUUCUUGGUCUGGAAAUCUUAGCUUUCACUCUUUGAAAGAGAUGGUCAACUGUUGCCUCAUAUCAAAGCAACACCAGUCACCAUUUCCCCAACCCACUACAUCCAGAGCUUCUAAACCUCUAGAACUUAUUAAUGCUGAUAUUUACAGGCCCAUUACCCCACCAACCUUAGGGACAAGUAGGUAUUUCCUUCUUAUUAUCAAUUAUUACUCUUGUGUAAUGUGGGUGGCUAUGUUGAAGUAAAAUUUCAAUGUAUUUUCUACAUUUAAGCGAUUCAAGACUUUGGUAAAGACAAAGAAGGGUGUGAAGAUCAAAAACUUCAGAUCAAAUAGAGGAGGAGAAUUUAUGUCUGAUGAAUUUGACAAUUAUUGUAUCUCACAGGACAUUAAGAGACAACUAACAGCCCCUUACUCACCUCAAUAGAAUGGAGUGGUGAAGGAAGAACCAGACUAUGAUGUCCAUAGUCUAAAGCAUGUUGAAAGCAAAGGAGUUGUCUCAAGAGCUGUGGGGAGAAGUAGUAAACACUACUAUUUACAUCCUUAAUCACUCCUUGCUAAAAGUUUAUAGGGAUUGACUCCUUAUGAGAAGUGGACUGAGAGAAAACCCCACAUUGACCACUUGAGUCUUUGGCUCAAUUGUCCAUAUGAAAUGCACUAGAGGAUCACAAAGCAAGUUGGAAGACCGAAGUCAACCUAUGGUCUUCAUUAGAUAUGAGGUGGGCUUCAAGAUGUUAUAACCCGGUUAAUGGCAAAGUCAAUAUCAAUUGAGAUGUCAUUUUUGAAGAAAAUUGCACGUGAGAUUAGAUGAAGAAAGGUGAAAUUUCCACUAAUUAUAUCUUCGUACUUGAUUUUCUAUCUAAUUAGGGUAUGGAAGAAGACUCUGAUGCUGAAGCUGAAGAUAUGGAGUUGUUUGCACCUUGGGAGGAGACUUCAGUCUCUUAGAAUGAGUCUGAAGAAAGUCAGCCUCACAAAUACAAGUAUAUUGCUGAAAUUUACUUAG